UUUUGGUUACGUGGCUAAAGCUGUGCUUCGCAAUUCUGGAAGAAAAAAUAGGUCAUUAACUUGUGUGCCGGUCUUCUGCUCUCUCAACACCUUAAGCGAAGUUGGUUUGGCUGCGCUGCCUAUCAUAUUACCCAAAGAUUUUCUAUCAAUAAAAAAGUUUUAAAUUUUCUGAGUUUUUCUGUUUGGGUUACUGGCAAAGCAGUAGUUAGAGAGAGACGGGUGAAGAUGUUGUUUUGUCGGGGAUUUUCUCGGAUUUCUACAACUCCCAGAAAGAGCUUGUUGGGUUUCAUUCUAUCUCGUCCAACUGAACCUUCUCAAUCCCUUCUUUCUAACCAAUAUCUUUACUCUACUAUAAAGCAGGUUUGUGGUGGUAGAAAAGCUUUUUCUUGGAGUUUGCCUUCAUUGCUUGGUAUUGGACGGCAAAUUCAUCACAGCAGCUCUGUAAUAGAGGAACAAUUUGACCCCUUUUCACUCGUUGCCGAAGAGCUGUCACUUGUCGCUAACAGGUUACGGGCUAUGGUUGUUGCUGAGGUUCCUAAGCUUGCUUCAGCUGCUGAGUACUUCUUCAAAGUGGGGGUGGAAGGAAAGAGAUUUCGUCCUACGGUUUUGCUUUUGAUGGCUACAGCUUUGAAUGUUCAUUUACCCGAACCAGCUGCUGCCAGUGUAGGAGAUACCUUGACAACUGAUUUACGUACAAGACUGCAGUCUAUAGCUGAGAUCACAGAGAUGAUCCACGUUGCUAGCCUCCUGCAUGAUGAUGUCUUGGAUGAUGCGGAUAAAAGACGUGGUAUUGGUUCAUUGAAUGCUGUAAUGGGCAAUAAGUUGGCUGUAUUAGCUGGAGAUUUUUUGCUUUCUCGAGCUUGUGUGAGCCUUGCUGCUUUAAAAAAUACAGAGGUUGUAUCAUUACUAGCAACAGUUGUGGAGCAUCUGGUUACAGGUGAAACCAUGCAAAUGACCACUUCAUCUGAACAACGUUGUAGCAUGGAAUAUUACAUGCAAAAGACAUACUACAAGACUGCUUCCUUGAUUUCAAACAGUUGCAAGGCAAUUGCCCUUCUUGCUGGGCAAACAGCUGAAGUUGCAAUGUUGGCUUUUGAGUAUGGCAAAAAUCUGGGAUUGGCAUUUCAAUUGAUAGAUGAUGUUCUUGAUUUUACUGGCACAUCUGCGUCCCUUGGAAAAGGUUCUCUAUCUGACAUCCGACAUGGAAUUGUAACGGCUCCAAUAUUGUUUGCCAUGGAAGAGUUUCCCCAGUUACAUUCUGUUGUUUAUCAAGGUUUUGACAACCCUGAAAACAUUGACAUUGUGCUAGAGUACCUUGGGAAGAGUCAUGGAAUACAGAUGACAAGAGAGCUAGCCAUGAAGCAUGCUAACCUUGCUGCGGCAGCAAUUGAUUCUCUACCAGAGAGCAAUGAUGAGAAUGUAAUAAAGUCAAGGCGGGCACUAGUAGACCUUACUCAAAGAGUAAUCACAAGAAACAAGUGACAUGAGAGAUAAGACUAUAAACUUACACCAAUACAUAGGGCCACAGGUUCUGCUUAUUGUUUUAAUCAUUGUUCCUUCAAGGUGAGGGGAAAUCAUCCCUCAUAUUUUCAUCUAUUCCGUUUCAAUUAUUACAAAUAAUAAUAAUUUUUCAGUAAAUUUUAGAUUCUGGGUUAAGACAAUGCACUAUUGCAGACUGUUGCGGAUUAUGUUGAAAUGCUGUAUCUUUAUUUAGUUAUCUACUAUUACAACCUGCAAA